AUGGAAUCGGCCGAACGGAACAGCCGAGGUCGAUCGGCUGAGUUGGACGGAAGGCGGAUCAACGCUGUAUCGCCGAUGCAUCUCGGCGAGUCUAAAAUGUUGCAGAGCCUUUGGAAAGAGCACCAACAACAGCAACAAGAACAACAACAACAACAGCAGCAGCAACAACAACAACAACAACAACUGCAACAAGCCUCUUCCACAACGAGUUCCACUGAGAAUCGAGGACACAUAAAAGGUGAUGAUGGAGAUCGGAAACUACAAAUGAUGCUUGAAAAAUAUCAGAGCCAAGUAAAACUGCAACAACAGCGAGCUCCAUCUUCCUCACAAACGAAAACACAAUCCAGGAAUAAUAUUAACAAGAUCGAAAAUCAUGGUGUAGCAUCUGUAUCCGUGGCUCCGUCACCAGGACGAUCACAUCCAAUGAGUCAUUCACAACCGUGCCUCAUCGCGAUUUCCGACAAACCACCAGAUUACUCCGCCAGUCAUGUGCACCAAUCUGUGAGCCAAUUUCCGAAUCGAGUCUCUUCCGGAUUUGGAUCAUGCGAACAACAUGAAGGACAAUCGAAUAGUAAUGGUAUUCAGCGAGUUCCAAACAAUCAAAAGUUGAUACAGUCGCUACGCGAGGAGAAUCUGCAUUUGAAGAGGGAAAUAGAGGCAAGCAAAAAGAAACUCGUUAAACUGCAACAGAUGGAAGCAGCCUACGAACGAAUAGAGAAGGACUACGAGAACCUUCUCAGGGAGAAGGAACGGCAAGAAGGUGUGGAAAAGUCAGCUCUAGUUCAAAUGGAAAUGCACUUAAAAAGAGUUAUUUCUGAGAAGGAGGCACUUCAAGAUCGUCUCGAACAAUUUUCGUUACCUAAUGCACAAGCUAUGGAGAAAGUGAAUCAGCUCAACAUGGUAUUAGCUGAGAUCAUACCACAAAACAAGGAGUUGGCAGCGGUCAAGGAACGACAACGUCUGGAAUUAGAGGCUCAGAAUGCUACUUUGGAAGAGCAACGAACUCAUAUAUCAAUGCUUGAAAAAGCUUUGAGUAAUGCUCAGGAAAGGCUGGCAAAGCGUGAAAAGGUAUGCGAUGAACUAACAUUAGCUGCUGAACGAGCUAAUCAUCUUCAACGUCUGCUCCAUGAGACCCUUCUGGAUAAGCAAGCACGUGACGAGACACAUGCUCAAGAACGAACUCAAUGGGAAAUGGACAUGACACAACUGAAGAUGCAACUGAAUAAAGAUUUUUCUCAGAAUGGUAGCUUGAAAAGGAUUAGUCGACUAACAAGCGAUUCCGGUGACGAAACAAUAAAUAGGCUGAAAAAGACCAUGUAUGCUAAAGACGAACGAAUUACACAGCUGGAACGAACCAUUGUCGAACUACAGAGGAGGUUACAUGAGGAAACGGAACGGAAGAACUGCGCAUUAGGAGCUCUCAAUGAUAACUUCGAGUCGAAGAUGAAGCAGUUUGAAGACGAAAAAGUGAAGGACCGUCGUAUCACGCUACUGAGCGAUGAUCGAGGAAAACUUGGAGAAAUUCUGGAUGUUUCUUCCAAGGAACGCGAUGACGAUGCUGCCCUUGGUAUGCAUAAAAUGGAGGAAAUUCGACAGAAAAUCCAGGAAAGAAAGAGGAAAGGACGAAUGUGUGCUGCUGGCGGGUUGAUCGGAAUGGGAGUUGAUCAUUCUCGAUCGUCGUCAGGUUCACUUCUACCCCCAGGAUCUCAUAUAAGAACCUCUUCCGGUCCUUUCGAACAAACAAUCCUGGAUUCGGCAGCAUUACUGUCGGAAAUUUCAAAUCCUUAUGCUAGUCGUCCCUCGGUCUCAUCAGGUUAUCACAAUCUCUUUCAAUCCGAAAAACGAGAGGGUACCGACGGUGACAACGUAUGGAAUGUGUGA